AAAGUAUAUAAAGAUGGGCUUAACCUUUAGUGGCCGAAAAAAGCAGGAAAUUUGACCAGCAGCAGCCAUGAUGGGAAAGAUUAUCUUUUACGAGGACAAGAACUUUGGAGGCCGUCACUAUGAGUGCAUGGGCGACUGUGCCGACCUCCACUCCAUGUUUGAUCGCUGCCGCUCCAUCCGGGUGGACAGUGGCAUGUUCAUGAUCUACGAUCGCCCCAGCUUCAUGGGAAACCAGUACUUCAUGAAGAGGGGAGAGUACUCUGACUACAUGGGCAUGACAGGCCUGAAUGACUGUGUCAGGUCCUGCCGCAUGAUCCCCACACACAGUGGCAGCUUCCGGAUGAGGCUGUACGAACACUUCGACAUGGGAGGUGAGAUGAUGGAGCUGACGGGCGACUGCCCCAACCUCAUGGACCGUUUCCGCAUGUCCAAUAUCAACUCCUGCAACGUGAUGGACGGCCACUGGCUCAUGUACGAGCAGCCCAACUACAGGGGACGCCACUACUACCUGAGGCCUGGCCAGUACAACACCUUCAGCGACUGGAGGGGCAACAACUCCAGGAUCGGCUCCAUCAGGCGACUCAUGGAUCUCUAAAGACAGAAGAACGGUUCUUGUGAAAUGUCUGCUCUUUGCCUUGUUUCACACGCUAAAUAAAAUGGCGUCAGUGCUCAAGUGUAUUCAGUUUUGUUCUUGCUCUCUGCGUUUGGAGGGCAUGUUUUCCCAGGAAGAUGUGAUGGGGUCAUGGGCUGACAUCCUGACUCUCAUCAGAGGCUUGAAUAAAAUACUGCAAGCGCUGACACUUACCACA